AGAGAGAGGAGAGGGUAUAGAGAGGUGUAGGAGUGGGCUGUGUAUCAGCUGGUGCUGGCGGUGGGGUGACGCGUGCUGCUGCUCCUCCUCCUGCUGCUGCUGCUGCUGUAGCUGUCUCAGUCUCACGCUGGCCACACUACACCUCCUGAGAUCAUGGAUGAUUCUGAAGCCCAGGAGAAAGAACAUUUUCAGCGAAUUGUCCAUGCAUUCAAAUCUUACAGGUCCCAAACCUUAAAGAAAGUGACGGAGAAAGAAGGUUAUAUAAAAACUCUGCCCCCGCACCACCAGUCGCUUCUGGAGUCAUACAAAAGUCACCUGGGGCAACAAAGGACUUGCAUAGAGCAUAAUGCCGAGAUAAUAAAACUAAUAAUUAAGGAUGUAGAAAAUAUGUUUGAGAAUGUGCAGCACGAUCCUCUGAACAUAGAGGAUGACCAUGGGAAUAAAUUGUUGGCCCCUGAUAUUGAGAAAGUUCAAUCAACCAUAAGGCAAAUUGUUCGGGAUUGGUCAACUUCAGGAGAACAUGAAAGAAAUCAGUGUUAUGGCCCAAUCAUACGACAGGUUGAACAUCUUUUUCCCGAGAAUAAAGUGUGUGCCCAAGAUAUCAGCAUACUGGUUCCUGGCGCUGGACUUGGCCGUUUGGCUUAUGAACUGGCAAGACGAGGUUAUGCUUGCCAAGGAAAUGAAUUCAGUCUAUUUAUGCUCUUUGCAUCAAACUUUGUCCUUAACAAAUGUCGUGGGCUGAAUAGUUUGCGCGUGUACCCUUGGGUUCACACGGGAAGCAAUACACUGUGCAACAUAGACCAGCUGCGUGCUGCUACAUUUCCCGAUGUGGAUCCUUCUGAUCUUCCACCACAAUCACAGUUUACAAUGGCAGCUGGAGACUUUUUAGAGAUUUAUACUGAAGUGGGUGUUUGGGACUGUGUUGCUACAUGCUUCUUUGUGGACUGUGCGAAUAAUAUUGUGGCUUUUAUUGAAACAAUAUACAAAAUUUUAAAACCUGGUGGAUACUGGGUGAACUUGGGGCCACUUCUGUACCACUUCGCAGACCAGCCUGGGGAACUUUCUAUUGAACCCAGCUAUGAGGAAGUGAAAAGUAUUAUCUUGGGCAUUGGCUUUAAAAUUACGGUUGAGGAAAAGGGGAUUAGCACGGCUUACACACACAACCCACGCUCCAUGCUCAACUAUGAAUAUCAGAGCAUCUUCUUCGUAGCUCACAAACCAUUUUGAUAUUUUUUGUUUGAUAUGUGUCAUACCUAGUAGCCAGAACGCACUUCUCGGCCUACUAUGGUAGGCCCGAUUUGCCUAAUUGGCCGAGUGAUUUUCUUUAUUUUCAGUAAAAAUGUUUCCAAUUGGUUUAUUUGAAGUACAGUA